AUGGCUCCAGAACUCCCUGGGUUUAUCUUCGACCCCGUGAAAAAGAAAUAUUUCCGUGUAACGAAUGGAGACCAACGAUACAAUUCUGGUUAUACCAAUAACUCUGUUCGAGCUAAUAAGAGACGACAACGAUCGAAUAGACCACAAAAUAUCGGAGUCAGCCAAGGUGCUGAAUUGCUGAAGUACUUCCCAUCAGACUAUUCAGAUUUGCUAGUCAAUGUUAAGUUGGGCCUUUAUUGUAUACCCAGUGGCUGGCCACUUCUUCUUGGGCUCCAGCAGUGCACGCAUAUCUCCACAAUACUUGACAAGAAAGCUUGGUUGCUGGAGGAUGGGAUAUGGCUCUUACGGAUUGAGGACAACCAGCUUGUUAAAGAUAACUUUCAAGAUUAUCUUGAUGGCUCUUUAGCCACACAUCGUGCCGUCGGUCAUGUCUCUAGAAUGGAUGCCAUUGAGUUUGUAAGCUAUGUUCACGGCUUGACCAGCAUCGUCUACAAGGACAGUGAGGAAAUCGGGGCAGCGAUGGUUCUGGAAAACCAAACGGCUCUUCAUUCAGUCUCUCGAACUUCAGGAGGCCACGAUCGUUCUCCAUUCAAUGCAUGUCUUUGUGAAGAAGGCUUAAUUGUUGCAAAAGGUGGGAAGCUAUUACUAAAGGAGCCAUCGGGAUCGGUCCGCCCUUGGAACCGUGUCACCAACAAUCAGACUACUGUGGAUCAUAUGUGCUAUUUAAAUGGAGUUUUGGCGAUGGCUGGAGCAAAAAAGGUCAAUAUCUUCAGGAAAGGUAAUCGGUAUAGUCAUUCCUUGCGGGUUGAAAAUCAUGUGCAUCGAGUUUUCCUAGACGAAGUUGGCGUAUAUCCCAGUUACAGAAAUUCAAAACGGGAUGGAGCCUCUUCAUCCCAUCAUUCUUCACAUGAAAUGCCGCAUUUGGCUCAUCUGAGAUACAUGAGACUCACAGUCGUCACCACUAACUCGAUUUACUUCUACGUGUUGGAUCUACUGCAACCACGUUCAAAGGUCAAAGAACAAUUCACGAUAAGCGAAUCUGAGUGCAUGAAAUUGCAAGUAUCGAACUUCAACAACGCAGAUCCCAUAGUACUAAAGAUGGGUGAUCAAUUGCUAAUUGAAGUACAUGAAGAACAGUUCACAUGGAUAGAUUUGCAAACACAGAGAAAGAAAAACGUGGCACUACCGUGCUUCACAAAUGCUAGAAAGGAUAGAAGUGGGUGGAGCCGCAGUCGACUCCUCAUCUUCAAUAACAGGUACUUCAUUCAGGCAGAAGGUAUCUACGAGCUCACAUAG